GGGCGGGGGAGGCGGCAAUGGCGCUGUCCGGGGAGCUGUGGGCAGAGCUGCCGGCCGAGCGCCGUAUCUUCUGCUCCGUGCUGCUCUUUUCCUGGGCCGUCUACCUCUGGGAGGCCUUCCUGGCUCACCGGCAGAGACGGGUAUAUAGAACAACAACUCAUGUACCACAAGAACUGGGACAGAUCAUGGAUUCAGAAACGUUUGAAAAAUCUCGUCUCUAUCAGCUGGACAAAAGUACUUUCAGCUUUUGGUCAGGCCUCUAUUCAGAGGUUGAGGGCACUAUGAUUCUCCUCUGUGGAGGAAUUCCUUUUCUCUGGAAACUGUCUGGUCAGAUCUCUGGUCAUGCUGGAUUUGGACAAGAAUAUGAGAUUGUUCAGUCAUUGAUAUUUCUGCUGCUUGCAACACUCUUCAGUGCUGUGACUGGUCUCCCAUGGAGUUUAUACAAUACAUUUGUCAUAGAAGAGAAACAUGGCUUCAAUCAACAGACGCUGGGAUUUUUUUUUAAGGAUGCUAUCAAGAAGUUUGUUGUGACUCAGUGUAUUCUGUUGCCAGUGACAUCUCUUCUGCUUUACAUUAUUAAAAUAGGGGGAGACUACUUCUUCAUCUAUGCCUGGCUCUUCACCUUAGUUGUUUCCUUGGUGCUUGUUACAAUCUAUGCAGACUAUAUUGCACCUUUGUUUGAUAAAUUCAUUCCACUUCCGGAGGGAGAGCUCAAGCAACAAAUUGAAACAAUGGCAAAGAGCAUUGACUUCCCAUUGACUAAGGUGUAUGUUGUUGAAGGUUCUAAGCGUUCUUCUCAUAGCAAUGCUUAUUUCUACGGAUUCUUCAAGAAUAAACGGAUAGUGCUCUUUGACACCCUCUUGGAAGACUAUUCUGCAUUGAACAAAGAGCCAGCAGAAGGAGAAGAUGGUGAGAAUGAAGAAACAAAGUCUAAAAUCAAAAAUAAGAAACAAGGAUGUAAAAAUGAAGAAGUUCUAGCUGUACUUGGUCAUGAAUUGGGUCACUGGAAACUAGGUCACACUGUUAAAAAUAUUAUCAUCAGCCAGAUGAAUUCCUUCCUCUGCUUCUUCUUGUUUGCUGUGCUAAUUGGCCGAAAAGAACUCUUUACUGCAUUUGGUUUCUAUGACACCCAGCCUACCCUGAUAGGCUUGAUGAUUAUUUUCCAGUUCAUUUUUUCACCUUACAAUGAGGUUCUUUCAUUUUGUUUGACUGUAUUAAGCCGACGGUUUGAGUUUCAAGCAGAUGCAUUUGCCAAGGAACUUGGGAAGGCUAAAGACCUAUAUUCUGCUUUGAUCAAGCUAAACAAAGAUAAUUUAGGAUUCCCUGUUUCUGACUGGAUCUUUUCAAUGUGGCAUUACUCCCACCCACCCCUUUUAGAAAGACUUCAGGCCUUGAAAGAUGCAAAGCAAGAGUGACAGGAAUCAUUGCUGGUUCAGAGACAGUGCUUCUAUCUCAGAAGCAAAGUUCAGAGCUGCUUUUUAAUUUUUUUUAAAAAAUUGAUAAUGCCAAUUAAGUGCACUGUUAACAACAGCACCACAGAUCUGAGAAUCCUGAACAGGUAGUAAAUUAUAAAUUACUUCUUUUUAACAAAAACAAAACUGUGGAACUUAGUUUAGAAACAGUACUGGGUGAAGACCUUUCCCUCCCCUCCCUUGACUUUUAUUCCAAGUAUAGACUUUUAAAGGGAGGAAAACAAGUGUAGACUUCAAAGCACCUUUUUCUUCAGUUUGUCUAUGCCUUGAACCUUGUUUUUGAUCCUUUUUCUGUACCCUCUUCACAGUGAAGAGGCUUUGGGUGACAAUGAUAUCUGUACUCACCAGUCAGUGUGUUGUGUUUUAAAAAGCUGAAUGCAACUGCAGGCCUUUCUCUUGGAUUCAUGUCUGUCAUAAUGAAAAAUGCUACAUAAUAAAACCUUUCUCUGAA